AUGUUUAAGAAUUUGAAUGAAGGUUGUUUAGAAUAAAUAGAUGAUAAAUGUCUAAUUUGUUAAGAAGGUUGGAUUUAAGAUGAAUAUCUAGAAAAUUGUCAUCCAAUUUGUGGAGAUGGAAUUAUUCAAGGUUAAGAACAAUGUGAUAAUCUAUAAUCUAAUUAAUCUUGUUAUCAAUGCAAAUUUUCUUGUAUUUAAUAUUGUUAAAUUUGUUAAAAUGGAAUUUGUUUAUAAUGUAUUGAUGGAUUUGUAAUUAAUACCAAUUUUCAUUGUGAUCCUAUUUGUGGAGAUGGCAAUUUGACCCCAUAUUCAGUUGAAUAAUGUGAGCUUGCUGUAAAUGGAGUAUGGGAUAGUUGUUAGGAUUGUUUAUUUAUUUCAAUCCCUAAUUGUAAAUCUAGCUACUUUUCAAUUUGCUUAGAGUGCGAAGUAGGAUUUUAAAUGUUAGAAAACGAGUGUUCUCCUUAUUGUGGAGAUAAAUUCAUUCUCUAAUAAUAUGAGGAUUGUGAUGAUGGAAAUUUUCAACCUUAUGAUGGUUGUUAUUAAUGCAAGUUUUAAUGCAUUGAAGAUUGCAACGUAUGUGAUAGAGGAUAAUGCAUUUUAAAAUGUGGAGAUGGAUACGAGUUUGUUAAUAACAAAUGUCUCUCGGUUUGUGGUGAUUAAAUAGUAACAAAAGAAGAAGAUUGUGAUGAUGGUAAUACUAUAUAAUUUGAUGGUUGUUAUCAAUGUAUAUAUUCUUGUCCAGAAAAUUGCUAUGAUUGUUAUCAAGGUACUUGUUUAGAGUGCAAUGAAUAAUACUAAUUACUGAUUUCGAAUUAAUGCAAAGAAUUAUUUAAUUGUGGAGAUGGGUUGAUUUAAGGAUAAGAGGAAUGUGAUUCUGGUAAUUAUGCAGCCAAUGGAUGUAAGAAUUGUUUAAUUGAAUAAAAUUGGGUUUGCAUUACAGUAACAAAAUAUUAACCUAGUUAAUGCACAUUUGUCAAAGCUCCAAGCUUAAUUAUUAAUUAUCUCAAUAUGACUUAAAAUAAAUAAUAUAUAAGCAUCAAAUUUAAUUAAUAAGUAAAAAUAUUCACAAAUUAACCCUUAUCAGAAACUUUAAAAUUUGAAUUAUCUGACAUACACAAGAAGUACUGGGAAAGCAAUUUAUAUAUUAUAUAGGAUGUUGGAUCAUACUUAAGUUUUGGAGAAUAUGUUUUCUAAAUAGAAGUGCUCUAAUUAUUAAAAUUUAGACCAAUUUUAAAAAUUGUAGUAAAUCAGAAAGUUUCUAAUAUAGAUGAUGCUAUUUUGGAUGAUUUUAAAAAAUAAAUAACAUUGCAGUAUCCAAAUUAUCUAGAUGAAACACAGAAGGAGUAUUCUUAUAAUCUGAAGAGGCUUAAUAAAUAUUUAAUUUACAUCCUAUUCGCAAUUACUAUUAUCAGUCUAUUAUUUGGAAGUGGAGAUUUAUUUGUUGAGAUUAUGGCAAUCCUUUAAUUUUAGCAAUACUUAAGAUAUAUCAAUUUAUAAUUUCCUGAAAAUUUAGAUAUUUAUUUUUCUAUUAAUGAUCUGAUAACUAUUUAGCCCCUCUUGGAUUUGAUGUAAUUUCAGCAAAUAUUUCAGUUUAUUGAUAUGUAGCAAGAUUAGGAAUAUUCUGAUGGAAAAUUUAAUGUUUACAAAUAAAACUCAAGCUUGAUCAUCAAUCUUUCUUGCCAAAUAUUGUAAUGCUUCGUGUUUUUACUCCUUAUUAUCUUGAAUAAAUGGAUUAAAAGAGCGUUGUACAUAUCAAUAUUUCUUCCUAGGUUCAUUUCCUAUAUGUCAUAGCUGUCAUUACAUAUAAGUCCAAAAUUAUUUUUAAAAUUAGUUAAUCAUUUUAUAAAAUUUGCCUCUAUUUACUUAAAUUGGAAAAAUUUAUAUCUUUCUAAGGAUUGUAAAAAGCCUUACUUAUAAAUGGAUGGGAUAUGA